GUGAUGUCACAUUCAUCUCUGGGCAAUGGGGCCAGUGAGAGAGAAGGGGGCAAAAUGAGAGAGAGGGGGAUGUAUAUGUUUUUGUGAAGGCUGGAUUCUAACAGAGAGGUACUAUCGGGAUUGUUAGAAGGUCUCCACGGUUCAACAUGACUAAAAGGAAUUCAAAACUCAAAUGGUUACUUCUCAUCCACCUCUUGCUGUCUGAUGUGGUAUUUGGCAGAGCUCCACUCCCUCAAAGCAACCCGAGGCCUUCAGUCACUUCAGUGUCUCAAACAGAGCAAGUAGAAUCACAAGCUGAAGAUGAUCUUGCCGUCGCCCAUCAGUUGGUCUUAAACCUCUCAGCCUCUCUACAAGGUCAGCUGGAUCUCCAAAGCAAUGCAAGCUGUGCAGAGCUCUCUAAUGGAGGCAGGAGAGGAAAGGGUUUCUCUCAGGAGCUAUUAGGGUUGGCAAUGGUGCCAGUGCUGGCAUCAGCAGGAUGUUUGUUUGAAGCCCAAACGUUGGUAAUGCAACUCUAUGUGGUGUUGGGGCAAAAGGAUACACAUGAAUUUUUACAGGACAUUCUGGAGCUGAUCAAGAGAGGUAAAGAGAGAGAUUCAGCACACAUGGCCCAUCACAGUGGAUUCCAUACUGCUUCAAUGCUGAACUCUGAGUCUCAGCGCCACCUACAGGCUGUUAUAUUUAACAUUCAUCAGCUAGCUGAGGUGGGUGAGAAAGAUGAUAAGGGUAAAGUUGGCCCUAGGGUGCAAUGCAAUGGAUGGGUGAGGGUGAAAGGCACUCUGUUUCUCGGGCAAGCUGUAGAACAGAGCAAGCCACUGUGUCUUGAGGAAGCACAGCAGGCUUGUGGAAGCUUGGGAUUCCAAUGUGCAGGUGUGACCCAGGAUGGUGAUUCUGGAUAUUUUCGUGUUAUCUUGAGGCCUGGAAGCCGCGUGGUGCCUUCAUCUAACUCUGAGAGCUGGAUUCAGAAUUGCAAGUUGGGGACUGUCCGGUGGCGCAGAAACGGGAUCCCUCAGCAUCACUGUGUAAAUGAAAAAGAGGAGCGAGUGUAUACAGUAGUGGAGUGGAUUCCGGCAGUCUCCACGCUGUAUAAUCUGGGAACAGCCGUUUACUAUGCUUCGGUUAGCUGCUACGACACUGCAAAAGAGAGAGCCAUCUUCAGCACUGUGGAUCUGGGCACAGACGCCCUCAUGGCCGUAACAGGGGGAACUGCGGGGGUUGCCGGUUAUGCGUUGGGGGCUGGUUUAAAAACAGGUGUGAAGGCAGGGAUUAAAUAUCUGCUGAACACCAUGAAAGAGGAAGAUGACCUGGUAAUGAACCAGAACAGCUGGGAGGAUGGAACUCUCACUGUCCAGUAAAAGACCAAGGAGAAACCGAUGAGGAGAUUCAAGAACAACAGCUGCAUUGCUCCAGGGCCUCAAAGAUUUUUCCACCUGUAUUAAAUGAUGUUUAGAACACUCUAUUUCUAUAUGUUCAGUCAUAAUAAAUAUGUUCAGUCAUAAAUACCUUAAUAUCCAAAAGGUAUUUAAAGACAUCAGCAGGAAGUGGCAUUAUUUUUUGGUGGGAAAUAAUAACAGCCCAAACAUGAGCAUUCUUUUUUUUUUUUUCCAUUCAACAUUCCAUACUGUUAGAUAAGGUUAUAGAAAUCUGUAUGAUAUUUAGAUUUUUAUAUAUUAUACUAUUAUAAUAUGAUAUAAUGUAUCAUUAAUGUUUCAGAAGACACCCUUUUUAAGCAUCAUGCUUAAUUUUCUUGUCAUUAUGUAAAUAAUGCCUGAGUUUUGAGCAUAUUUCUUAAAGUCUGGUAUUUAUAGAAAUCCUAUUUUAAUUUAGUUACAGACUUCAAAAUGUACUGUAUAACAUGAAUGACCAGUAGCCACUUACAACGUAGCUACUCAAGAUUUACAUCAGUUCUCCAGCGUCAGUUGAGACUUUGACUCCUGUUAAGGAUGGGUAAUAUUUAACUGUUAAAGGCCAUCAGUGGGAGGAGCUACUAGAACACUGCUAGAAUACAAGAUAAACAGAAUAGGCAGCAUAAAACCAAACUUUAUGAUUUUAUACAUGUAAUUGGUGUAUAACAGUUACAAGUAAAAUCAAAUAGAAAUGUUUCUACCAGUAUUUCAGUUUUGAAGUCUUGUUUUUUAUAUAAAUGUAUAAUCGUGUUUUAAAAGUAAAGUAUUAUUAACGUAUUCUCACAUGUUGAUCUCAUCAUGUUUUCGUGAAGAGACGGUAUGGCAUUUUAAAUUUCCGCGGGUAGUCGUUUGUAGGUACAUCCCUUCAUAACAUGACUUUCACUUCGUCAUUUCUUGGAACGCAAGAAGAGAGCUUUUGAGUUUCGUUUCUGCCGCUGUUCUUUCAACACCCCUCCGCUGUAAAGGGUUUGAUUGACGGGUGAUUCUACCAAUUGUGGUGGUCAGUGUGCCCGUCUGCGCCAAUGAACGAACGCGACGGUUUCAAGAUGGGUGGGACUUAACGAUUUAGUGGGUGGGCGGAAGAGCAACGCGUUGGAAACAUUGAGCUCUACAAUACAGCAGAAAGGCACAGUGGAGGGAGGUUUACAGAAGAGCCGUCGGUUUCCUGAGAAGUGCUUGUUGUGUGUGUUUAUUUACUCGUCAGCUGAUGUUCAGUUCAGUGCUGUAUUGUUGUCUUUACUGAAUGUCUGCAAAAGGCGUUUUGCAAAAUUGAGGUUUGAGGAUUACUUCAUCAAAAGUGCUGGCGAUUUUUUCAG